ACAGCAGUGGCAGGAGGUGUGAGUGAGUGAGUGAGUGCUGGUCACUCUAGAUAACGCCCCACUUGUUAUACAUUAUCACCAUCAUCGUAGCCGCGCUCACUCCCACCAACAUACCUGACAAGACGACCCACACAAGGCCACGCCCUAGCUAUCAAGCUGCCAUGGUGCACAACAGGUCUGCCUCAGGCAAUGGAGACAUCCAAUGGUGCUUCUCUCAAGUCAAAGGAACCCUAGACGAUGACGUUAGUGAAGCGGACAUCAUUUCUUGUGUGGAGUUUAAUCACGAUGGAGACCUGCUGGCCACUGGAGAUAAAGGUGGCAGAGUUGUCAUCUUCCAGCGUGAUCCCUCGUCGAAAAACUGCCAUCCUCGGCGAGGCGAGUACAACGUCUACAGCACCUUCCAGAGUCAUGAACCAGAGUUUGACUAUCUUAAAUCUUUAGAAAUUGAGGAAAAAAUCAACAAAAUUAGAUGGCUCAAGAGGAAAAACCCUGCACACUUUUUACUCUCUACUAAUGAUAAAACAAUAAAGUUAUGGAAGGUGUCAGAACGUGAUAAACGAGCUGAAGGUUACAACCUGCGUGAUGAGUCCGGCCAGAUCAGGGACCCAACUUCACUUACGACUUUACGGGUGCCUGUAUUAAAGCCAAUGGAACUGAUGGUUGAAGCCUCACCUAGGAGAAUCUUUGCCAAUGCACAUACAUACCACAUCAACUCAAUUUCCAUCAAUUCAGACCAGGAAACCUACUUGUCAGCUGAUGACCUCCGUAUCAAUCUUUGGCACAUGGAGGUCACUGACCAGUCCUUCAACAUCGUAGACAUCAAGCCAACAAACAUGGAAGAGCUGACGGAAGUGAUUACUGCAGCUGAGUUCCACCCACAUGAUUGCAAUGUGUUUGUUUACUCCAGCAGUAAGGGAACCAUUCGGUUGUGUGACAUGCGGCAAGCUGCCCUCUGUGAUAGUCACUCUAAGUUGUUUGAGGAGCCUGAGGAUCCCACGAAUCGUAGCUUCUUCAGUGAAAUAAUCUCCUCUAUUAGUGAUGUAAAAUUCUCUAACAGUGGUCGCUACAUGAUUUCUCGGGACUAUCUCUCUGUCAAAGUAUGGGAUCUACACAUGGAGACCAAGCCUAUAGAAACUUACCCGGUGCACGAAUAUCUUCGCUCGAAGCUGUGCUCGCUCUAUGAGAAUGAUUGUAUAUUUGACAAAUUUGAAUGCUGUUGGAGCGGAAAUGACUCUGCCAUCAUGACUGGUUCAUAUAACAACUUCUUCCGCAUGUUUGAUAGAACAUCCAAGCGUGAUGUCACACUAGAGGCCUCGAGGGAAACUGCUAAGCCUAGAUAUUUACUAAAACCAAGAAAGGUGUGCACUGCCGGCAAGAGAAAGAAGGAUGAGAUAAGUGUAGACUGCCUUGAUUUCAAUAAGAAGAUUCUCCACACAGCUUGGCAUCCACAUGAAAAUAUCAUAGCUGUUGCUGCAACUAACAACCUUUACAUAUUCCAAGACAAAUUUUAGCGAUCCUCCUUUGAUGACUAGAGCUUAGGCCCUCCAGUUGGUGGAUGUUUGGGCAGCGUUACUUGGUGGUGUAGAAGGAAGGUUCCUCAAGUGUGGCCUCUGCACCUCUUGUAUGACCUGUCCAAUAAGUUAACAUCUGCUGCUUGAAGCCACACAACUCAUGCUGGCCACUUUAUCUUGGCAUCCCCCAGAUCACAUUGUGGCUCCUGUGUGUUGGGUUGUUUCCAAGUCGAUGGUGGUCCCAAGUGCCAUGAGCCAGUGGUAACCAAAUCGCCCAGGGCUGUUGCGCCCACUCAUCAGUGCUGCCAUCCCAUAGGACAUGUCCAGCAGCCUUCCCAGCAGCUGAUUCCUGGAUAAUAUGUGAUUUCUGGAAAACCAUGUGGGGUGCCCUACCCUUGUGAUCAUUUAUCUGUGUUUCACCCUCAGAUCAUCUGUUGAGAAGUGUUGACAUUAGUUGCCUUCUCUCAAGGCUAUUAAAACAUAAUUUAAGAAAUAAUGGCUGACUAGGUGAAUCCAGUGAUGAAUGGAUAGGAGUUUGCCAUGUUAUUAUCAAUAGAUUAGUGGCUUAAAAUUAAAAAUAUGGACUGCAGAGCCCAAAUUUCUUUCUCUGAUGCCUGGCUUUCUGAUGAAUUUGAAUGCGUCUUGUUGCCAAAUCGAGCUGUGACCGGUGACACGAAUAACUAAGGGAAUGGGGCAUGACAGUGCUAACCUCAGGGAAUGAUGUGACUGAGUUUCUGCUGCUUGAAAAGUAUGAUCUUAGAACCAACUAUAACUGCCAUGAGGCUUCAGUGCUACCAUGCCCUGUAAUCCCAGUUACCGAGUAAGUAGCAUGAAUGUUUCACAGGAUUAAGUUGAUGUGCUCAUCGCUUCUACAAGACCACUUCCAGCUGCCAGAAAAUGCGACAUGAUUACCAAUUUUGAGCUUUCGUUGGUGCGUUUCAGUAAGACUAUUUUCUUAACUAGAAAAUGGGGCUUAAUUGAAUGUUCUCAAGGUUCACGAUGGGUAUUCUUGACGUAAAUGUCUAGUGUGUGGCACAGCCGCACAAAGGUCCCCCUUCACCUAGCCUUUCUUUCUUUCUUUUUUUCCAUUUUGAGAUUCAGAAAAUUUUUUGAAAGUGAUUAUUUCAAGUGUUAAUGGUCUCAAACUGCUGUAUACUUUUUUAAUUAGUUCAGUGUAAUAAAUUAUAUUUCAAUAGGCAA